AUGAUGCAAGGAUAUACCUACGAGGGAGCUGUGGAUUGCACCCAAUUGCCGAAGGUUGAGCAUCUCAAGGGAAAGACAGUAAUUGUCACUGGAGGUAAGAUCCUGAUUCUUCAACCUUGGAAGGAAUUUGCCUUACGCUCACACAUACAAAAAGGCUGCAACGGUUUAGGGGAAGCCUAUGUCCGUGCUCUGGUAGCUAUAGGGACCAAAUUUAUCCGCUGCGACGUCACCAAGUGGGAAGAACAAGUCAGGCUCUUCCAAGACGCAGUUGCUUUUUCUGAAACAGGAAAGAUUUCCCAUGUCAUUGCGAACGCGGGAAUACAUCGGCCUGACGACGUCUUCCUGUAUUCUGGUGACCACGAAGAGCCAAAAGAGCCUGACCUCAGUGUCAUUGAUGUGAACAUCAAAGGAACUUUGUACACUGCCAAGUUAGCCGCACACCACUUCAUUAGACAAAAUGGUGCAGGCGGCUUGCCUGGGCAAGAUGAUACGUCGUUGGUUCUGAUCGGGUCAGGGGCAGCCUUCCUGGACUGCCCACGGGCUCCUCAAUAUUCUGGCAGCAAGUGGGCCAUGCGUGGAAUUAUGCAUUCUUUGAGAAGAACCGCUUUUUAUUACGGCAGCCGUGUCAAUGUCAUCUCCCCCUGGUAUGUGAAAACGAACAUUCUAUCGGACGAUGAUUUCAAGCACGUUUUCAGUGUCGGGGUGAAGUUCGCGGAAACAGAAGACGCAUCACAAUGUUUGUUGAGGAUCCUUGGAGAUGAAGCAGUUAAUGGACACUCGUUCUUCGUUUCAGGGAAGAAACGGGCCCCUAAUGGAUACCUGGAUCUGGAUUUGGAAGACUACCCGAACAGUCCAUUGAUCCGUGAGAUUCAAGAAGAUCAAAUGAAAUCGGCCCCUGUUGAUCUUGGACUCUUUGUUUGA